AUGUCAUCAAACAUUGGGGGGUUAGAUAUCGAAGAUAUGUCGAUCGAAAACAAUGAAACAAUUGUACAAUCACUUCUCAACUCAAAUGGAUGUGACAGAUUUGACAGCAAACGACUAUAUUCAAGCUUGGAAGCAACUCAAGUAAUUAAUGACAAUGAAAUUCUUGAUGUACUUCAGGAUACAAUUGAAAAUGAAGAAGCGGAAGGAGACAAAUGUCCACCGGUUUCACGUAAAAUUGCUUUAGAAA